UGAUGGGGCAAACAUAGAGCAGACAUAAGUGUGUGGAGAAGGACUUAGAGGGUCAGCUGAAGAGAUUUCAUAAUCUUCUGCUGGUUAUCAUCUGCCUCUGGCAGAAGGUCUCCCUGACUUACAAAAGGCCGCAGGGUUUGCAUGCCACUCACUAGCUGAUGAAAUGGGACCCUCCACGGCCAUUCUGCUUGUCUGGCUGCAUCUGCUUGUCUCUGCUUAUGGGAACAAAGAUGAAAGUUUUGCCAAACCAUACAUCCUGAGCUUAGUCGAGGAGGCCAGGAGUAUUGUCGAUGAAGCAUAUAAGUUCUCCAGAGAACAGAGCCUGAACCGUGUUCGGAGUACGGCUAGUCUUGCAGACAUCUGGCUCCUCAUGAAGCAGCCUGUAGGGGGCACACGUUCUGCUGUGCGUGCUGCAGAGUAUAUGGACAUGACAUUACAGCUGCUAAGGGAGAAGGCCAGCCAUGAUCACAAGAAUUUCCUGAAUGCCACAGAUCUGCUUACUGCUGAAGACCUGGAUACCAUCGGCAAGCUCACAGGAUGUUGGGCCUUCCAAAGUGCUGCUCCAUGUAAUAAAACCAUAUUAAUGAGCAAGUUCCGUACCAUCACGGGGAUCUGCAACAACGUGAGAGACACGCGUCUGGGAUCCUCAAACAUGCCGUUUACACGCUGGCUGCCACCUCAGUACCAGGAUGGAAAAUCAUUGCCCAAAGGCUGGGACCCUAAACUGAAAGUCAAUGGCUUCCUUCUCCCCAUGGUGAGGGAGGUCUCUAAUCGUAUCCUGCACACAGACAACAAGGAUGUGAAGCAAGAUAACGUCUACUCCCAUCUUGUGACCAUCUUUGGCCAAUGGUUGGACCAUGAUUUGAUCCUGACGCCCUCCUCUCCCAGCAUCCGCUCAUUUAGCAAUGGAGUCAACUGUGAAAAUACCUGCGCUUUUACUAAUCCCUGCUUCCCCAUUAUGAUACCUCCAAAUGAUGUCCGCUUCAAGAAUAACACCAAUGUGAAGUGCCUCCCCUUCAUCCGCUCUGCACCAGCGUGUGGGAGUGGGGAAGCGGGGGCCUGGUUUGGCGCAGCUAAUGUGCGGCAGCAGAUAAAUGCAGUGACGUGCUUCAUGGACGCCAAUCAGGUUUACGGGUCCGAGGAUAUUCUGGCACGCAAUCUGCGCAACCUGCACUGUGACACUGGCCUGAUGAAGGUCAACAGCAUUUACCGUGAUAACGGCAGGGAUUUGCUGCCUUUCUCUAAUCUGCAAACCUGCAACACACGAGGGAAAAUUACUGGGAAUAACAGUCUGCAAGAGGUGCCCUGCUUCUUGGCAGGUGACGUCCGUGUGAAUGAGAAUAUCGGCCUGACGUCCCUGCACACGCUAAUGCUGCGAGAGCACAACCGGCUGGCGCUGGCCCUGCACCAGCUCAAUCCCAAAUGGAGCAGCGAGAGGAUCUAUCAGGAGGCUCGCAAAAUCCUGGGAGCAUUCCAACAGGUCAUAGCUUAUAGGGACUACCUGCCACACAUCAUUGGAACGAAAAAUGCCCAGAAGCUCCGCCUAUACCAAGGUUACAAUGACAGGGUGGACCCCAGCAUUUCCAACGUUUUUGCUACAGCAGCCUUCCGUUUUGCCCAUCUGGCCAUCCAGCCUUUCAUCUUCCGGCUGGAUGAGAACUACAAUGAACACCCACAGUUUAAGUCUGUGCUGCUUCACAAAGUCUUUACCACCCCCUGGAGGGUGGUCUUUGAAGGAGGCAUUGACCCGGUGCUGCGAGGCCUGAUUGGGCGCCCGGCCCAGCUGAAUGUACAGGGGCACAUGAUGAACGACGAGCUCCGUGAGAAGCUCUUCCAGUUCACCUCGCAAGUAGCGCUGGACCUGGCCGCACUGGACAUGCAGCGCAGCCGCGACCACGGGCUGCCCGGCUACAACGCAUGGCGCCGGUUCUGCAAGCUGUCCGUACCCAGAACGGUGGAGCAGCUGGCCGCCGUGCUCCAGAACAAAACAAUGGCCCAGAACCUGCUCAAGCUAUACGGCACGGCAGACAAUAUCGACGUGUGGCUGGGGGGCGUGGCUGAGCCCUUUGUCCCCGGGGGCCGCGUGGGCCCCCUCUUCUCCUGCCUCAUCAUGCGGCAGUUCAGCCAGAUCCGCAAGAGUGACCGUUUCUGGUGGCAGAAAAAAGGAGUCUUUACCAAACAGCAGGUUAAGUCCUUGUCCAAGGUCUCCAUGGCACGCAUCAUCUGUGACAACACGGGCAUCACCAGUGUUCCCAAAAACCCCUUCCUACUGUCUGCCAGUGGGGUCAAACUUACCAAAUGCCAGGACAUCCCCACUGUCGACCUCAAGCCCUGGAAGGAGAACAAAAAAGAGGAUCAAGACUCUGAAGAAGAACUGCCGACCAACACCACCAAGGCAUUUGAUUUCUCUGUGCGGCUCGGCAUGGUCCGUCCCGGCUCGGACGCUCAGGUGAUCGUCUUCCGGGAGCCCACAGACGGCAGAUCGCAGCCAUACAACACCCAGACGGGGACCUUCACCUGCCAGGUGCCUGGCCUGUACCAGUUCCACUUCAACUGCAUUCUGCUUGACAGCGAGAAGGACGUUAGACUCAUGCGGAACACGGAGUCGGAGGCCACAUCCGUCAUUGCCCGGCAGGACAGCUAUCUUACGGCCUCCGGGGGCGCUGUGCUUCUGCUGAAAAGGGGGGACAAGGUGUGGCUGCAGGGCAGCAGGGGAGGUAUGGGCCUGGCAGUUGACAGUCUCUUCACGGGCCGCCUGCUCUUUACUGUCUGAUGGUACAAACAUACCGGCAUUUGCCGCCAUUUGCUCCAGUACCCUGCUAUAAUUGCAUACUUAGCUAUAAAAUGCAUAAAUUAAAAGGACCGCAUAAAAGGCAUACUGCAUUUUUGGAGGACAGCUAGCAAAAUUGAAAGAGAGAAUUUACCGCUAACAAUCCAUAAAUAUGGAAAAAUCGGUAUAUGUAUAAAGAUUCCUAAAUAACAAAAUAAAAGUCAUAUCAGCAAGAAUUUAUGGCAACUUGGUCAUUACAAACAUGUAGGCAUUUUAACAUCUAAAAAUAAUAAUGCUAAAACAUCUAAAAAUAAUAAUAAAGCAAAACACCCCGAUCAGCAAAACACUGAGGUUUUGCGAAGCACAAAUAAAGCAGCAUCGGGUUGCCAAAUUUCUUCAUUAGCAGUUUGGAUUUAAUACCGUGUCUCAUAAACAAGCAUUGAUUCGAUUUUAUUUUGGGUGGAAUUUGCAAAGAUGGAGUUAUAACUACCAGACAUAUAAAACUGCAAGAGUUCAAUAGCCCUAUAUUUUCACCAUGUGUUUGUGAAAAUGCAGAUUCGCUUGAACCUCAUUAUAUACCCUGCAGGCUCCACUUUUUGGGCUUUUAGGUUUGGCAUAAAGUUUUAGCAUGAUUAUGUUUUAUAUGCGGGAUAAAGAUAUCUUUACAGAUCAGUUUACUUAGAUCCAGACUUCUAUGAAGCCCUGCACUGGCUGACGUCCCACCACUAUGUCGCUCAGUCCUUGCAGUUACACCCUGAUACUGUUCUCAAAGGGGCUGUAUUUUUUAUUUUAUAAUAUAAGAAUUCGUAUUGCUUGUUGCUUAUUUUGCAUAUAUUACGUAAAGCAAUAAAGAGGAAAACCUCCCA